GUGCGGGCUCCACCCCCGGCGCCCCGCGGCCCGUUCCGGUCACGUGCCCGCCCCGCCCGCCCCAUGGCCCCGGCGGCGGCCGCGGCCCGACCCCCGUAGCGCCGCUCGCACUCGGAGCAGCUCCCAGCGCAACCCGCACGCUCAUUGUAGCCACAAUGGCAACCUCAUCUGAAGAAGUGUUGCUGAUAGUGAAGAAGGUGCGCCAGAAGAAGCAGGAUGGGGCCCUGUACCUGAUGGCCGAACGCAUUGCCUGGGCACCCGAGGGCAAGGACCGCUUCACCGUCAGCCACAUGUAUGCAGACAUCAAAUGCCAGAAAAUCAGUCCAGAAGGUAAAGCUAAAAUUCAGCUGCAGCUGGUAUUGCAUGCAGGGGACACAACCAACUUCCACUUCUCCAAUGAAAGCACAGCAGUGAAGGAGCGAGAUGCGGUCAAGGAUCUUCUUCAACAGCUCUUGCCCAAGUUCAAAAGGAAAGCUAAUAAAGAACUUGAGGAGAAGAACAGAAUGCUGCAAGAAGAUCCUGUUUUGUUUCAGCUCUAUAAAGACCUUGUUGUGAGCCAAGUAAUCAGUGCUGAAGAAUUCUGGGCCAACCGUUUAAGCCUGAAUGCAGGGGAUAAUUCUGCAGCACCUAAUAAGCAGGACGUGGGCAUCUCUGCAGCAUUCCUGGCUGAUGUACGGCCUCAGACAGAUGGCUGCAACGGGCUGAGGUACAACUUGACUUCAGAUAUUAUUGAAUCCAUAUUUCGGACAUACCCUGCAGUAAAAAUGAAAUAUGCAGAGAAUGUUCCACAUAACAUGACUGAGAGGGAAUUCUGGACACGAUUUUUUCAGUCUCAUUAUUUUCAUCGGGACAGGCUCAAUACAGGCUCAAAAGACCUCUUUGCAGAAUGUGCCAAACUGGAUGAGAAAGGAUUAAAAGCAAUGGUGUCUCAAGGAGUGAAAAACCCUCUGAUAGAUUUAACAGCUUUGGAAGAUAAAACAUUAGAUGAAGGCUAUGGUGUUGCUUCUGUGGCCUCUACAUCAAAUGCCUCAAAGUCUGCUAGAGAAAGCAGCAAUGCUGCCAUCAUAAAACGCUUUAAUCAUCAUAGUGCCAUGGUCCUUGCAGCUGGCCUCAGGAAACAAGAAGCACAAAAUGACCAUUACAGUGAGACCAGCAGUACGGAUGGAAACUCCAGGGAUUCAGAUUUCUUUCAGCCACCACUGAAAAAGGUAAAACUGCAGGAGGCCAUUGAAUACGAAGAUUUAUCAAAGAAUAAUAGCGUUAAAACUAUUGCACUAAACUUAAAGAAGUCUGAUAGGUAUUACCAUGGUCCAACUCCAAUUCAGUCCCAGCAAUAUGCAACUAGUCAGGAUAUAAUUAAUUCAUUUCAGAGUAUUAGACAAGAAAUGGAGGCAUAUGUACCCAAACUAACUCAGGUUCUUUCAAGUGGUGAUGCUGCCAGCACUAUUGCAGUCCUGUCACCUGGAGGAGCACUUAUGCAGGGUGGAACACAGCAAGCCAUAAACCAGAUGGUGCCAAAUGACAUUCAGUCUGAAUUAAAACACUUGUAUGUGGCAGUAGGGGAACUGCUACGACACUUCUGGUCCUGCUUUCCUGUUAACACACCAUUCCUAGAAGAAAAGGUUGUGAAAAUGAGGAGCAACUUGGAAAGAUUUCAGGUUACAAAGCUCUGCCCAUUCCAAGAAAAGAUUCGGAGACAAUAUUUAAGCACAAAUUUGGUAAGUCAUAUAGAAGAGAUGCUGCAGACAGCCUACAAUAAGUUCCACACGUGGCAGUCCCGGCGCAUGCUGAAGAAGACGUGAGGGCACAUCCUGUACAGCUCUGAGAGCAAAGCCUGCAAUAGGGUAGGACUACAGCCUAGGUAUGUGCAGAUCUUAGAGUUGUUGCAGGAAGACCUGCAAGCUGUGGACUUCUGGAAACAAUGCUAACUGAACUUGCACAUUUUUGAAAAAGAACUGAGAUUAAACUUGAAAACUGGGGAGAAAAACAAGGAAGAACCAAAACGGAAGAGCUGAGGCGCAAAUAUAUUUAAAAGACACUGUUUACUGCAGUUACUCAGGAACUGCUUUUGAUUUGCAUAAAAAGCUGCUUUCAGAAAUAAAAAAUUUAAAGAGGGUGUAUUAAUAAAAUUUGUUUUUCUGUCUAAUUUUUUUUUUAAGAAGUGUAUGGCACAGGGUAGAUCUCAAAAGUUUUUCUUCACUGGAUUCUGACAUUUUCUUGAAUUCUGUUUGUACUUCCUGCAACAGUUUAACAACGGUGUUUUAAAACAUAGCUGAGACUGUUUUUGCUUCAAACAUCUGGGAGAGUGUAGCUGUCAGAAGACAAGCUCCUGCCAUAUGUUUCCCCACCAAUUGGAAGCAAGAGACAUUGCACUGAAAGCUGUUCAUCGUCUGGGGUCCCUAAAGGUACACAAGGGCAAGCUUUUGCCUGAAGUCUUCAAUUUUUAUGCAAAAAUUUUUCAGCCAUCAGUUUUGCAUGUUUCCUUUUGAGUGCAAGUGUGUGCUACUGCAAUCUUUUUUUUUAUGGUGGCAUUUGUUCUGAGGAGAGAAUGCAUUUUUAAAAAUGAAGUUAAAUAAAGUUUCUUACAAAAGAA